GUCUCCGAGGUCCAUGAGGUCAGUAUCUUGCAAGACAAGGCGCCCGCAUUGGUCGAGUCCUUGCUGGAAGCCCGGCUCUCCAACCAUGGCCUCGCCCUCACCGACGUGGUGGCCAUGAUCGGGGCCCUGGAGCGCUUGAUCUUCGACGAGUCCCUGGCGCUCUUGCAGGCCUCCUACACCUUCAACGGCUUCAGCACCUCCGACGCCAUCGCCCAGCGCUCCGCCCACGACGUGCUCACCUCCUACCUGCUCCUCUUCCAGCUGGGCAGCAAAGCCAACCUCACCGAUUCGCGGCUUCAUCACGCGCUGAAGGCCAAUCGGGACAGGAUGAAUCCUUUCGUGCCAGUGGAGUACACUUUUGAGGACAUGUUUGAGAUAGUGGAAGAGCUGACGCACGGCUACGGCAAGUGGCAGAAUACCGAAUGCAUGCAGAUGAAGGGUGACCUUAUCGAGCUGGACACCAACGGUGAUGGACGCAUCCCGCUGAAUUAUUUCUACGGCCAGCAAGACAACACCAAGUACCAGUUCAGCGACGAGUCGGUGCAUUACCUCCAGCAGAUUGGUGCCCUGGACGAGAGUGGAUGGGAGAAGCAGGUGAGGAUCGCAAACUACCUGCAGGGCCCCUCCAACUGCAUCGCCUCCUCGUCCUACUACUCCAUCUGCUGCCUGAGCGAGUGCGAGGUCUUGCUGAACGAGCUGGAAGCCAAGGUGCAGGCUCCCGCCGCGGAUCCCACGCACCUGCUUGACCUGGUGGGCCACCUGUCCUCCGCCACUGUGGAUGCUCCCCGCGUGUUCCCGGAGAGCCUCGCGCCCCGGCUGCAGGACAUCGCGGACCACAACGAGGGCCAGGUGCCUCUGCAUGGUCGACUCUUUGCCGAGUGGAUGCACUACGCCUUCCCGCACGAGUGCCCGUACCCGAAGGUCGUCCAAGAGGCGAAGACCUUGACCCCGGAGCACUGGGCCCAGAAGAAGAUGUCC